AUGGUAACUCCUCAAGACAAGCCCUUGAAGAAGAUGAAGUUUGUUUCAUCUGCUGAGACAGAACCAACCAGCACGACAACAAUUUCUGAGGAUUCAAAGUCAGGUCGAGGUAUGAGCACAAUGCCUCGUGUUGUGAAGAGAAAAUUGCAGAAAAUCAAGCAAGUUGUUGAGUACAAUAAAAGGGGGAAAGGAUGUGGCCCUGCACAUACUGAGAUGCAGUCCUACAUUGGUGUGUUGGCACGCUCCAGAGUCCCACUUGUGGACAAGAAAUGGGCUGAAAUCCCCAAGGAUAUAAAGGAGCAGAUUUGGGAAGCCGUUGACAUGGCUUUUGUGGUAGGUCAAGGGGGCAAGACCUCGGUGUUAUCUUCUGCUGCCAAGAAAUGGAAGGAUUUCAAGUCUACACUGACGAGGCAUUAUAUCCUUUCAUACAUCAAGGAGAGGGAGAAAUUAAGCCAACCCCCUGAAAUUAGGGAGAAACUUGAGUACAAUCAUCGAUUGUCUCGAAAAGGAUAUUCUGGUUUGGAGGAUCAAUUGGAGGAAACCCAUGCCUGGGGUAGAAAUUGA